ACGCACGGCGGCGGCUCCGGCGGCUCCCCCCUGAGGGGGCUGAGAGAGGCGGCUCCGGCACCGUCGGCCUGAGGCGCUGGGCCCGGGGCUCCCGCUUCAGGAAGGGGACGGGCGACGCGGAGCCCGCAGCGAGCGGCCGGUUGGGUGGAUUUUUUUUUUAUUAUUAUUAGUAGUAGUUUUUCGUUUUUUUCCUUUUUUUAUUUUUUUGCCCUUCGGCUGAGGGCGACGUCCCCCGGGCCGGGCCCGAAUCGCCGGGGAAAAUGUCGAGGCCUGUCAGGAACAGGAAGGUGGUCGAUUACUCCCAGUUUCAGGAAUCAGAUGAUGCUGAUGAAGAUUAUGGAAGAGAUUCAGGUCCCCCAUCCAAGAAAAUCCGUUCGUCUCCCCGGGAGGCUAAAAACAAGAGGCGAUCUGGGAAGAACUCUCAGGAGGACAGUGAGGAUUCAGAAGAAAAAGAUGUGAAGACCAAGAAAGAUGAUUCACACUCGGCAGAUGAAGAUUUUGGCAGUGAAGAUGACGACUUAGGAGCAGAUGAUGGCAAAGCUGACAGUGACUAUGAGAGUUCUCAAAAAAGCAAAAAAGGAAAAAAGGCUAAACCAGACAAGAAUAAGAGAGCCUCUAAAUCCAGGAAAAGGCCUGCAGAGGACAGCGAGGACGAGAAGGAAGACCACAAAAAUGUGCGUCAGCAGAGACAGGCAGCAUCUAAAGCAGCUUCCAAACAACGAGAGAUGCUUAUGGAUGAUGUGGGUAGUGAGGAAGAAGAACAAGAGGAUGAUGAGGCACAGUUCCAGGAGAAAGAUUCAGGAAGUGAUGAAGACUUCCUCAUGGAAGAUGAUGAUGAUAGUGACUACGGCAGUUCAAAGAAGAAAAAUAAAAAGGUCUCCAAGAAAUCCAAGCCAGAGAGGAAAGAAAAGAAGAUGCCUAAGCCCAGGCUAAAGGCUACAGUGACUCCCAGUCCAGUGAAAGGCAAAGGGAAGGCAGGCCGACCCACAGCUUCCAAGGCAACAAAAGAAAAGACCCCAUCCCCCAAAGAAGAGGAUGAAGAGCCUGAAAGUCCCCCAGAAAAGAAAAAAUCAGCCAGCCCUCCUCCAGAGAAGUCAGGGGAUGAGGGAUCUGAAGAUGAAGCACCCUCUGGUGAAGAUUAAAUGGCAGUUGAGGAAAUCUUUGUUUAAAAAAAAAAAAAAAAAAGAAAAAAAGAAAAAGGAAAGAAAACAUACUUAGGGGUAGAACACGGUUUUGGCUGUGGCUUGACUCAUGGGCUUUGAAUGCUGUCUUUACUUUCAGCUGUUUAAUACAGUGUAUCCUUUUUUUAAUAAGAGGAAACCCUUAUACAGUAAUAUUUUGAAGUCUCUGUUCUCUGUUGGCCAUUCCGUUCUCCCUCCCCCUACCAAAUCUGAAAGCCAUUUGAGACAAAUUAACAGACCAUUUAAAUAUAUAUUUUUUUCAAGGGAUACUGCAGUUGUGAAGCAAUAAGGUUUGAGACUGAUACGUGGAAACCAUACUUACAAAUCGUUACGUAGAAUAGAUUUCCCAGUGCUGGUAAGAGUCCUUUAAAAUUAUUAUUCUGUAUUUGAGUAUGUGGUUAAAAAAACCAACAGCAACAACAAUCUAUGCUUUAACAGUUUUGUUGAUACAAGUACGUUCUCUCGAAAAAAAAAAUGUAGUUAAUAGGAAUUCCAGUUGAGGAAACAUGGGGAGGAAACCAGUGUUUCUUGGAUUCAUGCAACUUUUUAAUGGAAAGCAAUCAAGAGACUUAGAUGGUCCACAGACCUUUAUUUAGAAAAAGACCCUCAAGUUAAGAUGCAAGAUCUUGUUGUCUUUGCUGGAUAGAAUACUAUUCUGCUUUAGGCAAAUUGCAGUUUGUUCUAUACGGUUUCACAUACACAGCCUACAAGCUGCUCACAUCCAUAAAUUGUUUUACUUCCAGGGUUGCCUAUAGAUGGGCGGAAUAGGGAAGAGAAACUGAAAACAAUUUUUAAAGCUCUGGUUUCCAUCUGGUAUUGUGGAAGUUUUCUUUAAAGUUGUUCCAAGGAGAAAAAAAAAUAAUGGACAAUAUAAAACUAAAUUCUUUAGCUUUUGGGGCAAGGGAUGUCCUUUUAUAAAUGUGAAGCAAAGGAUUCCUGUAACACUCUGGUCAGUCUCGGAUCCCAUGAGUCACGCUGAAGUGCUUCUCUUCUCUCCCUCCAUCUGUCCUCAGAAAGGCUAUGUAGUCAUGUGUCUCAGCCUCUCCAGCUACAGUGUUGGACAGCAGACUUCCACCAAUAGUGACAUUACCCCAGUAUCACUUCCAUUUCUUCAUCCUGGCAGCAUGGGGGGCUUCACACUCAUUCUGCUCCCGCGUCGACAUGUCUGCCUUGAACUAUUGGUCAUCGUUCUGCUCCCUAAGCCUAAAAAGAACAGAGUAGGGAACAUUAUUAAAGGAUGAAGCUGGGAGGAAAUGGGGUUUGGAAGCAGUGUAGCAGGGCUAUGGUUCUAUAACAAAAGCAGGAUGUCCCUCUAAAUGCAAGAAACCUGAGAUGUGUGUGGUGGCAUUUUAAUGUGUUUUUAUCAAAGCAGCCAUAUCCUUUUUUUAAAAAAGUACAAAAGUUUUUGUUUUCAAACCCUACUACAGAGGUUGCUGCCAUGUUUGUUGGUAGAAAUAUUAAAAACUGGACCUGCCAUUUUUCUUUUUUUUUUCUUAAACCCUUUGUGCUUUCUGUAUGUUGCUCACCGUUAUCUUAUAGCUGACAAGUUUUGCAUCUUUUUUUGUCACUGAAAUACAUGUUUUGUAACCAGCCUCUUGAAGGUAACAUAAGGCAGCUAAUUAGUUUGGAUUUCUGGUGCACGUGCUACCAGGUUUUUAAUCCUGUUUGGAUUUUAGAGAGCUUUUAGAUAUGACACACUAAUAUGACCAGGAAGGACACUUGGCUGAAUGGCAUAGGGAGCCUGAAGAUGCUGAGCACAGUGGAGCCUAAACAAUGGAACGGAAUAUUAAUAUAACAGCCGAGUGAUUGUCUUGUGUGAUUCAUAGCCAUGGAUUUUAUGGAGGCUGGUAAAUUACUUUACCUUGGCUUAUUAAAAUUUAAGUUCUCUAACAUUCUUUACUAUAAUGAAACUACUGUUGCCGUUACAAUAAAGAUGAUCGGUGUUUCCAUUGUAAAUCUUUUUUUUUAAGUGGUUUAACUUUGCAGAACAGCUUAAGGCUGGAGUCAAGUAACAGUCUUGAAAAAGAUGUGAAUGUAACCUCCUCUCCCACACCUCUUCCCACCUUUUAGGUUUCUGGGAGAGCAGAGUUUCUUGUAUCCCCUGCACUCCUAGUCCAGUGCUCCUUGGGUAACAUGGGACAAUAAAUGGCCAAAUCUCAAAUAACAUUUGGAUCGAUAUUCUGGGGGUAGCGUAUACUUUCCUGAGUGCGUUCCACAUCGUUGUUCUCCUUCAGUCCAGACUGUUUCAAGUUGUUACGGUCUACUGGGGGUAUUCGUUUAUUUUUGGUAUUAAAAUCUUCAAAAAUUGCAUAAAUGCAGAAUACCUCUAGUUGAUCUGGUCAAACAGUUGUUUCUUUACCUGCUAGACCAGAUUUUUUUCUGAAGAGUGUAUUUUGUAAGUACCACUUAAGACAUGUUUGUUUGUUGUGUUUUUUUUCCCUAGUACAGUUCAGGCUGUGAAAAAUAAGUUUCUGUUGUUUUCAGUUCAGGUUCUGGACUGUGGAUUAUUUUAUGCCUGUCAAUUUUGGCCCUUUAUCCUGCAAAUCUGUUCUGUUUUCUCAUACAUUCAUGUCUACUGGCUGUUACAGGCUGCAUGAUGCUAUCUUUGAGAUUGUGUCACAACCCAACAACCCAAACACUAUGUGAAUCCUGUACUACUUCUGGGAUUUUGUAACUUUUUCUAUAUCUUACUGUUUUGCUAAUUUGUGCAAACACUAAGCCCUAAUGGUUAAUUGGUUAAAAAUACCACAGUUUACAUUUUUACAGAUUGAAGAUCAUUGUGAAGGUUAACACAGCUUUUCUUUUUAGUACACAUGUUUAAGUAGAGGCAGACUUAACAUUUUUAAAUGUCCUUUUUAAUUCGUCUGUAUUAAGCAUUCUGAUUUCUUGAAGGAAAGCAGUAAAAACGCCUUUCUCUAGGAGCAUGAAUAGUUCUUCAUGGAGCAGGAAGUUUCAUUCACAGAAGAAGGCUUUGAAAAGAUUGUCUUCUGUUACACAGCUGUAGUUUUGGAGCCUUUGCAGAGAGGUAAACAGAUUUAUUCCAAAAUACAGUUAACUUAGUGCCCUGCCCUGGUCUCACCCUUAAAAUGGUAGUUCAUUGCUAACUUCCAUUAUAUCCCUCUUUACAUUCUGUUUCUGAAUCCACAUGACCACGUUCUGUUUUAUAUUUGUAUAAUCAUGCUGUCUUUGACUGGCCACAGGGCUUGAUCAGGAAAGAUUUGCGUUCUUGCUUGGAUUUUCCUACUAAAGGUUACUCGUUUCAGUUCCUAUUUGAUCAGCAUGAGAAUGCCAAACGUGUCAAGCUAAAUGGGUUUCAGAAUGGAUCCCGGGUGAGAGUAAGACUUAGAAAUACGGCAGCCAGGAAACUUAGUUUUUUUUUUGUUUUCGCUUUAUCAAAGCAAACGAGUAUGUGGGGAGAGAAGCAGUACACCUUAGCUGACUUCUGCUAGGGAAUGUGACGAGUGCCAGGUAAUGGCUCUGAGCGUGCUCAGCUCCUGUGCCACCACACGGCUGCACCCGUGGGUGAUGGACUACCAGGGCAGUGGCAGAAGAUGCACUUGAAUAUUGAAUAUUUUUUUCUUUUUUUUUUUUCACCCUCCACUGUUGAUGGACACAAAGGUACAAUAGACACUGAGGCACCCAGGUUAAGGAGGGAGGGAAGUAAACUGUAACAUGCUGGAAGCUUUUGAGCUGUAGAAACUGGUGCUUUGCUUUAUGUAAUUUGUUUGUGAAGUGUUUAUUUUUAUAACAGAUCAUAUUGUUGAACACAUGGUUCUUAAACAAACUGAUCCAUGAGUUUAAGUAUUUGAGAAGUGGAUGUUCAUCUGUUGGGGGAGGCAGGAUAUGGAAAAAUGUAAGCAGAUAUAUAAAGGGACACUGUCACAAAAACGUUGCUGGCAUGUAGGGUGUGUUAGUUUGGGGAGGAUCCCACCUAUAUGUGGAAAUGAUACAUUCUGUAUGUAUACGAUCAAAUAGAAACUUUCCCUGAACUUUGAAUAUUUUCCUAUAGUUUGGGGAGUUUUAAAUAGAAAUUCUGUGCAUGAAACUGGGAGGCAAAAUUAAACUAUUCUAUUUGUACUUCCAAGAUGAAUUUUUAAGAAGUACCGUGAGGAAUCUAAGAGCUCUGAAAGAUGACAGUGUCCUUUCAAGACUCCCCAGAUCAAGUGUACCCUCGGUUUAGACUUCCCAUGUCAGUAGGUGACUGGCAUUUGACUGUCUUUUCAUUGAACUCUUUAUAUUAAAAACAAACCACAAAUAUUUCUAAGUCUAGUCAAGUUCUCACUACGUGCUGCCUCUGUGUAUCGACCACUAUUGGAAACAGCUCUGUAAACUGCCUGCCCCCUCAGCUGCGGUGAAGCGAAUGGGUCCAUCGGUCUGAGCAUGCUCAGCGUGACUGCAAACACCAUUGUGCAUAUGCUUUGUAUAUUGGGGCAAGGGUUUUUUAUAUAUAUAUUUUGGGAGGGGGAGUGGGUGGGAUGGAGAAAUACUCAAUCAGCUUAAGCCAGAGUAAUGUGUGUAAAAGCCCCUGAAGUAUUUUGUGUGUGAGUGCGCGAGUGUGAGUGCGCGCAUGGGAGUGUCUGACAUCUUAUUCCCUUUGUGUUCUGAAAUUUUGUUUUACUUUUUUUUUCCUGCAGAAGCAAUUGUUACAAGAAUUGUAAAUAAGAGCUACAUAAUUUUUUUGUUUGUUUAACCAUGAACAUCAUGUCACAGCAAACCCUGAAUUAUGGCUUUGAAGGUAGAGGAGGAAGAGACUCCAGAUAGGGCCUGGGCCUUUGGCUCUCAGCGAGGCAUCGGUAACAUGGUAUGCAACAAGUGUUUGUCUUGAGUAUUUGCAGCCCCCUGUUGAGCUUUUCUAAAAAUCAGGCUCUUUGCAGUUACCCUCCCUAUCCAUUUUAAUUUAACUUUAUUUUUUUAACAUCAAGAGUGGCCAGGAAAAGGGGCAACUAACUG